AAGGCGACGAGGCGCGCUGCAUACCAACACACACCUCAGCGGGAGUACCCACGGACCUCCACCCGCUCUCACAGACAUCCACGCCAAGUUUUUGCAGAGAGAAUCCCAGAGCGCGCCAAACUCCGCUCGUGGAAUAUUUUUAUUUUUUGGGGUCUUUGGUGACAUUUUGCAGGCGUGAUAGACCACGCGCGGGGUCCCUGUGCGGUGCGAAAAGACGACAAGUGGAUUCAGCUGAUUUUCGGUGCGUAGAAGACGCUCUUGUUUGCUUGACAUUUCCAACGCAGGAAUACUCCUGAGAUCAACAUAAAUAGAACGAAGCGCAUCGGUGGAAUCCAUGACAACUCCCAUCAUGGGCUGCCCCCUCUUGAAGAACGCCUUGGCCGUCUUGCUCCUGGUGCUGUUGUGCAAAGGCUCCAGUGUGCACGGAGUGGAAUUUGGGCACCUGCCGGACAACAUUACGGUUCUAGAAGGCGAGAGCGUCACAUUGAGGUGUCGGAUCGACGAGGAGGUGACGCACAAGGCCUGGCUGAACCGCUCCAACAUCCUUUUCACGGGAACCGACAAGUGGUCGCUGGACAAACGCGUCACGCUGGUCAAUAGCAACAACAGCGACUUCUCUGUCCACAUCGACAAGGUGCAAGUGAGCGACGAGGGUCCCUACACGUGCACCUUCCAGGCCAACAACAAGCCGCGCAUCGCCCACGUCUACCUCAUCGUGCAAGUGCCCGCCAGAAUCGUCAACAUCUCCACGGACGUGUCGGUGAACGAGGGCGAGAACGUCAACCUCUUCUGUCUGGCAGUGGGCCGGCCUGAGCCCACCGUCACCUGGAAGGACCAAAAAUACGGUCUGGUGAGCGAGGGUGAGUUCCUGGACAUCACGGAGAUCAAGCGCCAGCAGGCCGAGGACUACGAGUGCAUCACCCACAACGGUGUGGCUGCGCCCGAUCAGCGCAAGGUCAAAGUCACCGUCAACUACCCGCCCACCAUCACCGACAUGAAGAACUUGCCCGCCCACUUGGGGAAGACGGCCAUCCUGCGCUGCGAAGCCAUGGCGGUGCCCUCCGCUUCCUUCGAGUGGUACCGUGAUGAUCACAGACCCGUGGAGAGCGACAACACACUGCGGAUCAAGAAUGAGAAGACUCGCUCGCUUCUGCUCUUCACCAACGUGACGGAGAAGCACUUCGGCAACUACACCUGCUUCGCCACCAACCGUCUGGGGGCCUCCAACGCCAGCAUGUUGCUAUUCCGUCAUGAUGGGAAAAGAAAUCUGUUCCAGGUUCACAUAAACCUAUAUUUUACAUUUUAAAUAACAUUUAAACAGUCAACUGUAAUAUAAGUGCAAGAAGAAGCUAAUAAAUGUGAAGAAUAAUAAUUGCCCAGGGAUGAGCCGAGUAUCAUCCGGUGUCACGAGCCAGUCAAGAUUAGUCCAAUCCGCGAAUCUGCACUCCCUUGGUCCACCUGUACAAGUAUUGUGCCUUUCUUAAAACCUUAAGGGCCACUGUAGUUCUGGCUUGUAUCCUAAAAUGCAGAAGCAAGCAGUGAUGGUUGGUCAUGGUCCAAUUUAGAGUCUGUUAGAGGGCAGAUCAUAAAUCAGUCAUGGAUUACUCAUGAUCCAGUCGAGAGGCAAUCAUGAGCUAGUCAUGGGUGGCUCAUGUUCAUGUCAAGGGGCAGUUAUGAGCCAGUCAUUGUCCAGUCAGGGGACAGUCCUGAUCCAGUUAACGGGUUGUCAUGGGUUGGUCGUGGUCUAUACAAGGGACAGUCAUGGACCAGUCGUGCACGAUUCAUGGGCCAUUCACCGGCCAAUCAUGAUCCAGUUAUAGGGCACUCAUGUAUUAAUCAUGUUCCAGUCAAAGGGCAAUCAUGGGUCAAUUAUUGGCUAAUCAUGGUCCAUUAUGGAUGUUUCACAGGCUAGUUAUGGUCCAGUCAAAGGGCAGGCAUAUGCAGGUCAUGGGGCAAAUCGUGGAACAGUCAUGGGUUGGUUACAGUCUAAUCAAGGAGAAGUCAUGGGCCUGUAAUGGGCCAACCAUGGAUUAGUUAUGGUCCUUUCGUGGGUCAGUCAUGAGCUGAUCAUUGGAAAGCCGUGAGCCAAACGUAGUCCUGCCAAGGGGAAAUUGUGAGCCAUUCAUGGGGAGAUCAUGCGAAAGUCAAGGGACGAUCAUAGUCCAGUCAUGAGCUGAUCACGGGCAAAUCAGGCAUAUUUUGAUCUAUAGCUCCAAAUUCCAAAUCUGAGGUCUCCCCCAAGGACAUUGGAAGAAGGGGGACGUAAACCAUGCCACUGCAUGUGUUUGCGCCACACAAUGUCAUAUGAAUAAUAAACAAAAUACGGCCUAUUUCGAGUGUAUAAAUAACUCUCCUCAUAAACAAGAGUGGGCAAACACUAAUGAGACAUUUGCUGUGAAUAUGCUGAUGAGGAAGUGUUGAGGAAGCCCAACUCGUGUUAAUAAGGUCCUUCAAAUUGAAUUCACUGGCACUUUUCUGUUUCUUCUCUCGUUUUAGCCAUUUGAAAAUGAAUUUAUUUUCAUGUUUAGCCGCUAUUUGUUUUCCAGAGGAUUUUGUGGAAUUGUUUCUGCAAAGUAGUCUAAUAAUUACAGUGCUUUAAGUGUAUUUCUCAUCUGGCUGUACAUGUGCAGCCUCUUAAUCAAUACCCCUGACUGAAUGGCUUUCAGGGAUGGAGCGGUCGCUGUACACGGCGAAUUGAUCAUGUGCCUGUAAGAGCGGCCGUAGAACAGAGGGCAUAAUUCAUCACGCCUGAUACGAGGCUCCCCUAAUUGUGGAUCGAUUGGUCGCUGCUGGAACAUGAAUGUGCGCUCCCCAAACAACAGAAAGAAAAAUGAUGAAUUCAUUUUUUUGUAACUAUUUUUGUCUUUCGUACGUGUUGCUCUUUUUAUUUUUUUGCUGUCUCGCUGAUGGACACUUGAUUUAUUUUCAAAAGUGCCAUUGUUUUAUUUAUGAGUGAUGGCUGUGGUUCUCAUCUUUUACAGCAGCCCAAGAAUGGCAUGCAUUAGCCUAAUUGUCCAAUGUUUACCAAAUAUCUUCAGGCUCGUUCAUUCCCAGUCAAUGUUACGAGUCUAUGAAGUCUACCGCUCUUCCAUUACCGCGGCUAAUGAGUACAUUAGUACACACUGAGCGCUAGCUAGGAUAGAAUGGAGAUGCACUGCACAUACACAAAUUGAUAGAUAUAGAUUAUUACCAAGCUCCUGUCAAGGCUGUUAUGGACCAAUCGUGGGCCAAUCAUGGACCAGUCAAGGGGCACUCAUAGACUGAUAAUGGACAAAUCGUGGGACAGCUAUGAUUCAGUGAUGAGCAGAAUGUGGGUCGAUCAUGGUCCAGUCAAGGGGCAGUCUUAGCUAUUUUGUGGGGCUUAUUGUGUGUGUAAAUACUAAACCAGACAGGACGUAAGGUAAGCUACGCAUUUUAUUAUGUUACAUUUUCCUUUAAACAUUUUCCUGUUAAAAUGUCACUUAACACAUUACCUGUACACUAUUAAAAUGUUUCAUCAUGGUGAAGAUUAGUUCCACUAUUCCACAAACUAAUUACAGUGCAUUAGUUUUGCACAUAAUCUUAUGUGCCCUAUUUCUACUUUUCUAACUAAUUACAAUGAUACAUUACUUAGCAGCACAAAUCCUUCGAAAGUGCGGCGAGAAAGGCUUUCUGGGCUGGCGCCUCGGCAGCAGUAAGCAGUGUUUUAUCAGAUAAAGUGAAACAACUACAAUUAGCAGAGAAUAUUUAAUGAGCGUUGGCUUGACAGCCGCAGAUGGCGUCUAGUCUCUUUCUCGCUAUCCUCUGAGAGAGAACACAAAGGAGUCGUGUGGUUGCCACCACCCCCUCCCCCUCGUUGUCAUUAAGUCGCCCACCUCUCAUCUCCGAGUCCCGUUACUCGAGUACUUGCGAUUCGGCGGCCCACGCCUGCAAUUUUCCUCGUCAAUCAACCUCAGUCUAAAUGUUGCUCGUUGGCGCCAAGAACUGACAGGGGACUUUUGAUGCCGUUUAACAACAAAAACAACAAUAACUGAGGAUUUAUGUUGCAGAUAUGAGGCACCAUGCCAGCAAGUGUCCAUGUGAUAAACUGGGAGGACUUACUUUCCAGGUGAUGUAAAUGGGCUGGGCGUGGUUCAGACUAGGGGCCAUCGUGGGUCGAUGAUGGGAUAGUAAUAGGCAGUUCACCAAUCAUUGGCCAGUUACGGAUCAAUCAUGGGUCUGUCCUGGGCUGGUCACGGGCCAGUCAUGGGACCAGUCUAGUCAUGGUGUGGUAAUUUUCCAGUUCUGAGCCAAUCAUGGGACAGUGGGACCGUAAUGGUCCAGUCAUGGUCCAAUUAGGUCCAGUCAGUAGCCCGUUAUGUGUCAGUCAUGGGCCUAUCAUGGCCUAAUUGCACUGCACAGCCAUUUGAGUUUAUUUGGAAUUAGACUGGACAUUUGACUGGUAGAGAGUUUUUCGUGUUGAACAAGGGAUCUGUAUUUCACACACACACACAAAAACGCACUUCAUUUCCAUCACCAUCCCAUUUCUGUGUGACACUAUCAGUAAAAGGUGCCCACGUUUAAAUAGCUGUUAUAAACGGUGGGACUGUGAGCCUCAAAAAGCAUGUAUCGUUGUGUAGACAUGAUUGUUGUUGUUGACUUUUAUUGUCACAGAUGCUUUUAUACUUUCACAAUCCACAAAGUGAAGUUAAAGAUGAUAUCAAGUGGAGGGAGGAUGGAAUAAAAAAUA